AUGGGGGCCAUGGCGGCGACGCGCGGGCAUACCACACCCGCGCACGCUGCGCUAGCACACCGGCGCGCUCAUGCGGCCUUCUAUUACACAACGGCGGCCGGCCCGAGCGGCGCCCGGCGCGGUACUGGGCGCGCCCGCCACCUCGACCCCCCACGCUUCCCUCCCCGCGCCCCCACUCUCAACCCCCGCCCGCCCUGCGCAGCCUUCAGGUGCGCGCGACGCCGACCUGAGCCCUGCCCCUUGAAAAUCCAACGCUCUCUUUAUGACUUCAUUACCUAUUACCCUGACCAAUAUUAUGAUAACAUUCUACGGGUGAUAUUCGCGGUUGAAAAAGGCAAUAAAGGGAACAAGGUCGGUGCAGCUCUCACCCGGGACGCGGCUGCUGCUUGUAAUCUCGUAGCGCCCUUGACAGGGCCGCGAACGAGCCGUGGUUGUCAGGUGACCGUUAUUACUGGGACAAUCCUAAAUUAA